UGCUGUUGGGAGUCUGUAUAAUAUUUUUUAUUUCAGUUAGUGCAUGCUUAAUUUCUAGUUGGUCCUUUAUCACAACAUUGAGGGUCUCACUAGAUUUCUUGAGGAUCUCACAACAUUUAUUGGUGGUCUCACCAGUCUUUUCGAGGGCCUUACUAAAUUUAUCAGCGGCUUCUAGACAGUUCUUGAAACACCUUAAAAGUGUGGUUUUGAACUCUAUAUCCAGCAGUUUGCUUUCCUCCAUUUCUGUCAUUUGUGUCCUGUUUCUUUGUCUCCGCAUUUUUUAUGUUUUCUUGGUGCACCCCCUUGUGGUCUUUGCGUGCCGACUUCAAAAUUUUUGACCUGAGUAACCAGAUGGAAGAUGGUGCCACUUACUGAGAUGGGAAGAUACACAUCUAGGAAAGUGCAUAAAGCACAAUUUUUCAAUAUUAGUAAUUAUAUAGGCACACCUGAAUAACCACCACCCAGAUCAAGAAAUACAGAACUGUCCCAGAUAAGAAAAAAAACUAAAGGAAUUCAUCAUCACAAGAAAUGUUAAAGGGACUUCUUUAAGAAGAAAAAGGGGAUAAAAAUUUGAAUAAUAAAAUGGCAAUAACUACAUACCUAUCUAUCAAUAGUUACUUUAAAUGUAAAUGGAUUAAAUGCUCUAAUCCAAAGACAGGGUGGCUGAAUGGAGAAGAAAAUAAGGCCCAUCCAUAUGCUGCCUACAGGAGAACCACUUCAGAUCAAAAGAUAUACAGAUUGAAAAUAAAGGAAUAGAAAAAGAUAUUUCAGGCAAAUGGAAAUGAAAAAAAAAAGUUGGGAAAGUGCCCUGGAUCUUUUUAGGACAUUUGGUCUUUUGGGCGCAACACAAAUUGAGUGAGGGAAGAAGGAGAAAAAUCCACUGGAUCCCUGCAGGAUUAAUUUAUUCAAAAAGGAAAUAAUAGAAAAAUACUCAACAUGCAAAAGUCUUGUGAAGAAAAUGAAGGAAAGCCAUAGAAUAUGCCAAAGGCUGAGGAAGACCACCCUUCAGAAGAUGUACCACAGGAGGCAGAAGGAAACCUUAGAAGCGGGUUGACUCAACCUGUGCAGGCAUUCAAAGAAGACACUCCCGUUAGGCAUUUGAACCCUGAAGAAAUGCUAAGAGGAAUAUAUGAGUUGGAAAGGCUUAGAGAAGAAAUAAGAGUAAGAAACAAGUUUGUGAUGAUGCAUUAAAAGCAAAGACAUUCUCACGGACAACCUUAUCCUGUGUGCUUUAGGCCCUGAAUUCUUUUUAUUUUACCUGAUAGUAAAAUCUGGCCCCUGCUUUCUGUUAGCAUAUUCUGAUGUAUCUUUUAUCUUCAUUUUACUUUUCAUCAUCUGGUAGAAUUUUGUUUUAGAUAGUUUACUUGUUAACCAGCAUCUUACUGGAUUUUGUAUUUUGACCCAUUCCCCAGGUCUAUUUUUCAACUAGGAAGUUUUACACAAAGGCAUGACAAUAUGUUCAUUCUAUAUUGUAAAGUAACAUAAGUUACAAAGCAUAUUUAGUAUCAGCUCACAUAUGUACGAUAAAAAUCCCAAGUGGUGUGUUUGCAUGCAUGUGUGUAUACAUAUAUACAUACAUAUAUACAUCAAAAACUUUGCUCAUUUCUGUGUGGUGUGAGUUUUCUUUUUUCUAAUAUGUAUGCUUUAAUAUAUUCUUACUGAUUUUUUACAGAGAGGAAGGGAGAGCGAUAGAGAGUUAGAAACAUUGAUGAGAGAGAAACAUGGAUCAGCUGCCUGUUGCACGCCCCCACUGGGGAUCAAGCCCACAACCAAGGCACAUGCCCUCGACCAGAAUCGAACCCCGGACCUUUCAGCCCAUGGCCCAACACUCUAUCCACUGAGCCAAACUGGUCAGGGCACUUAUAUGUAUUUUUAAUGAACUUGUGUCACAGACAGAAUUAAAGUUCUUUAAUAAGUAAGAAUCAAAUAGCCGUAACCGGUUUGGCUCAGUGGAUAGAGCAUCACCUGCGGACUGAAAGGUCCCAGGUUCGAUUCCGGUCAAGGGCAUGUACCUUGGUUGCGGGCACAUCCCUAGUAGGAGAUGUGCAGGAGGCAGCUGAUUGAUGUUUCCCUCUCAUCGAUGUUUCUAACUCUCUCUCUCCCUUCCUCUCUGUAAAAAAUCAAUAAAAUAUAUUUUUUUUUAAAAAAAGAAUCAAAUAAUUUGCAACCAGCUUAUAAGGGCAAUGGAGGCCCCUGAACUCUUGGUGAAAUAACUAUUAAAAUAUAACCCUGGCUGGUUUGGCUCAGUGGAUAGAGCAUCAGCCUGCGGACUGAAGGGUUCCAGGUUCGGUUCAGGUCAAGGGCACAUGUCUGGGUUGUGAGCUCGAUCCCCAAUAGCGGGUGUGCAGGAGGUAGCCGAUCAAUGAUUCUCUCUCAUCAUUGAUGUUUCUCCCUCCCUCUCCCUUCCACUCUUAAAUCAAUAAAAAAAUUUUUUUUUAAAUGUAAGCCUCAAAUCACCUCUGGAUCUCUUAGCCAGAGAAAUAAAACUGGCAAUGAUUACAGAAAAAAAAGUUGGGGAAACAAUACAUAUAUCAGACAAAAUAGACUAUAAAACAAAGUCUAUAACAAGAGACAAAAAUAUGAAAGCAACCUAAGUGUCCAUUGAUAGAUGGCCAAAUAUGCAAUGGAAUAUUACUGAGCCAUAAAAAAGAAUGAAAUCUUACAAUUUGCAAUAAGAUAAAUAGACCUAAAAUGUAUUCUGCUAAGUGGAAUAAUUCAGAGAAAGACAAAUACCAUAGAAUUUCACUUAUAUGUGGAUCUGAAAAACAAUGAACAAUCAAAACAAACAAACUCAUAGAUACAGAGAAUAUAUUUUUUAUAUAUAUUUUUAUUGAUUUCAGAGAGAGGAAGGGAGAAAGAGAGAGAGAGAGAAACAUCAAUGAUGAGCAGAGAAUAUUUUGACGUUUGCCAGAUGAGAGGGGCUUUAAGGGACUGGGUGAAAAAGAUGAAGGAAUUAAGAAGUACAAAUUCACUUAUAAAAUAGUCACGGGGAUGUAAAGUACAGCAUAGGGAAUAUAGUCAAUAAUAGCGUAAUAACUAUGGUGUGGGAGUGGGUACUAGAUUUAUCGGGUGAUCACUUUGUAAGUUUAAUAAAUGUCUAACCACUAUGCUGGGUACGGGAAACUAAUAUAAUAUUGACUAUCAACUAUUAAAGACAAAAAAAACCCCCACAUAGUAUUGAGGUAAGUAGCAAAAGCUACAUAUCAAACCCAGAUCCUAUUUUGCUUUUUAGCAUAGUAUUAAAAAAAAAUCACAGCCCUAACUAGUUUGGCUCAGUGGAUAGAGCAUCAGCCUGGGGACUGAAGGGUCCUGGGUUCGAUUCUGGUCAAGGGCACAUGCCUAGGUUGUGGGCUCGGUCCCCAGUGGGAGGCAUGCAGGAGGCAGCCAAUCCGUGAUUCCUUCUCAUCACUGAUGUUUCUAUCUCUCUCUUCCUCUUCCUUCCUCUCUGAAAUCAAUAAAAAUAUAUUUUAGCCUUGACCGGUUUGGCUCAGUGGAUAGAGCGCCGGCCUGUGGACUGAAGGGUCCCAGGUUCGAUUCCAGUCAACGACAUGUGCCUUGGUUGCAGGCACAUCCCCAGUGGGAGGUGUGCAGGAGGCGGCUGAUCGAUGUUUCUCUCUCAUCCAUGUUUCUGACUCUCUAUCCCUCUCCCUUCCUCUCUGUAAAAAAUCAAUAAAAUACAUUUUUUAAAAUAUAUAUACAUUUAAAAAAAAACACACAUUUGAUCAUGGGCUGAUUUCUGGACUCUCAAUCCUAUUCCAUUUAUCUAUGUAUAUCCUUAUACCAGUACCACGAGAUCUUGAUUACUGUUGUUUUAUAGUAAGUUUUAAAGUCAGGAAGUGUGAGUCCUCCUACUGUUUUAGAUAUCCUGGAUCUCUUGCAAUUCUUAAUGCAUUUUUUUAAAAAAUAGAUUUUUGUUGAUUUCAGAGAAGAAGGGAGAGGGUGAGAAAGAUAAAAGCCUCAACGAUGAGAGAGAAUCAUUGAUUGGUUGCCUCCUGCAUGCCCCCCCUACUGGUGAUUGAGCCCGCAAUCUGGGCAUGUGCCCUCACUAGGAAUUGAACCAUGAUCUCCUGGUUCUUAGUUUGGUGCUCAACCACUGAGCCAAACUGGCUGGGCAUUCCUUAUGAAUUUUUGAAUCAGCUUAUCAAUGUCUACAAAUAAAUCACCUGGGAUUCUUUUUUUCCAGCUGAGAUUCUGGUAGAGAUUGCAUUGUAUCUGUAGAUCAAUUUAGGUAGCAGUGCCAUCUUAACAAUACUAAUUAAUGUUUAUGUUAAUCUUCCAAUUGAUAAGCACAUACUUUUCUAUGUAUUUUAAAUUUUCAUUUCUUUCAACAAUGCUUUUUAAUUUUCAGAUUAUAAAUAUUGAACUCUUAUUAGUGUCAUUCCUAAUAUUUUAAUUUUGAUGCCAUUGUAAAUAAAAUUGUCUAUAUAAAUUUCAUUUUCACAUUGUUCUUUGCAAGUAUAUAGAAAUAGAAUUGAUUUUUUAAUCUUGUUCUGUAAUCAUGUUGAACCCCUCCAGAUUUUCUAUCUACUUUGUCAUGUCAUCUGGAAAGAGAAAUAGUUUUACGUUUUUUUUUCUAGUCUGGAUGCCUUUUAUUUCAUUGUCUUGACCAACGGCUACAGCAGGACUUUCUAGUACUAUGUUGAAUAGAAGUGGUGAGAGCAGACAUCCUUGUUUUGUUCCUGAUGUUAGGAGGAAAGCAUCAAUCUCUCACUGCCUAGGUAUGUUAUUAGCUGUGAGUUUAGCUCAGUGUUAGAUGCUUUUUUUUAUGUUGAAGAAGUUCCCUUCUAUACUGACUUUACGUGUUUUUAUCAUGAAAGAGUAUUGGAUUUUCAUAAAAUACUGUGAAUAUUUUCGGGGUUUUUUUUUUUUUUUUUGCUGUUGUUGCUGCUUAUUAUUAAAUUUUCAUUUUUAACUGUACAUUUCACUUCCUUUUUGCUAAAUUUUCAUUUACAUUGUUUAUAGAUUAAACAGUACAUUAGACAUGUACUAUAUAUAAGAAAGGUUAAAACAGGGAAUCAUUUGGGAGUCUGGAAUGGAUUAAUUCAAUUUGCAUGUUUUCUAAUGGGAAAAAAAGAAAAAAAUGAUUCGGUUUUCAAACUGCCUUCCAGAAUGAAUUAGAAAGGAGGUUCCACUGUAGAAGCUACCCUUUGUAAAAGGACGUUUACCUUAUAAGGAAAAUCUUAUAGAUGUAAGGGUCUUUCCCUUACUGUGCCAGGAAGAAGAUAUCCAAAUCUGUAGAAGAAACUGUUAACAAUAGAUUUAUUGGCCUGGGCUGAAAUCUGCAUAACAAUCUUACACUUGUUUAGUUUGCUUUUCCUGGUAACCUCCCAUAACUGGCUCUCCAUUCCCAAGGUCUUUUUCAGCUGAAGGUGGUAUUUAAGGUGGUGGCUUCCACCAUUUGGGCAAUUUACUCAGUUUUCCUGUAUACAGGAGGUAUGAAUGUUAUUAAACUUUAAUUUGUUUUUCUCCUGUUAAUCUGCCUCAUUUUAAUUUUAUUAUUAGAUUAGCCACAAGAACUAGCCUAAAGUAAUCCUUAUGCCAAAGAGACAUAUUUUGGGGUGACAAAUUUUGCUCUCCCACACUCCCACAUGUGAAACUUCAAAUAAGAGUUUCACAUUUCAGAAGCUAAGUUCCAUGCUGCAUUAAACCAGUCUCAGUCUUGAGACUAGGUCAGUUCAGUUCAAAGCUGUGCCUCAUUUCAGGAGGCUGUUUUGCAGUUAGGCCCCCAAAGGUAGGCCUGUAUUAUGCAAGCAAUCAGGUAAUUAAUAAGAGGCGUGUCCAUGGAAACAAACAGAAAACAAUGGUUAAUGAUUGCAGCAAAUUAUACAAGUUUCUGAGCCAAGGGUGCAGCCAGUCAAGAUUUCUAG